UGUUGUGUAAUUUUAAAUAACAAUGAAAUAAUAUAUUCGGAAUGCAAAAUUUAAUGGUACUUCAGACGAUAUAUUUGAGUUGGUCAGUUUAGAGAUCAAAGUGUUGUGCUUCUAUAAUUAUUUGCUGACUAAUUAACAUUAUUUUAUUCUAAAGAAAAAUUGAAUUAUUCUUUUUACAUUUUUAAAUAGUAAUGAAUUGUGAAUUUUAAAGCAUUAAUUACUACUCAGAUUACUCAUUUUAUUUUAUUUUUUUUUUUAUAUGAUUUACCUUCCAGUACACUAUGACUAAUUUAGUUUUAGGAAAACAAUAAAUCAUGGAGUUGGAGUCUGUACAUGAUGCUUAUAAAAAAGAGUUGCAACGUGUAUGUGAAAAACACCAAGCUGAAUUAGAUAUAUUACAAAAUAAUCAUAGAGAUGAAAUUAAACAAAUAUAUGAGAAAAAUUCAUUAGAGAUUUCCAAAUUGAAAUCUUUAAAUGAAACUGAAUUGAACAAAAUUAAAAACAUUCAUGAGCAUGAAAUUAUUGAAUUAAAAGAACAGUGUGAGAGGCGUCUAAACGAUCUAAAUGAUUCUGAUUUAGAUGUAUUAACAAAACGUAUUGGAGAUGAUAUUACAAAAACUCAAGCAAAACAUAAGAAAAUAGUUGCAUAUUUAGUAAAUGAAAUUUACAAACUUAAAAAGACAAUUAUUAGUUCUUCUUUUGAUGAUGAUAGAUUGUCAUCAAUUGAUUCAUGUGAUCCCAAAUUGAUUAGAAACAAUCUAAAUGGACCUGAUACAGACAUUGAAACUUCUGACUAUGUUUUAUCCCAGGAUAGUAUUGAUAUGCAAAUCAAAGAUCUUGAAGAUAUUGUGCAAGAGAGAGAUGAUUUACGUUCUGUAGCUAUGUCCCUUCGUCAGUUAUCUAAAUACUUAUGUUCCUUUCUAAUUACAAAGCAAGAAGAACUAAAUAAUUCAAUUGUAGAUCAUGUGAAUGGAAUGGGAUGUGAUGGAAUUUCUGAUGCUGGUGAUAGGCAUGUUAUUGCAUCAAUAGAUGAAUUUAAAAAUUCUGUAAAUGGAGUUAAAAAUUCUAGAAGAGUACAUUUUAUUCCAAAUAUUGAAGAAAUAGUAUCAUUAAUUGAUGAAAACUCAAUAUUAGCUGAUUUUACUAAUACCGAUGGAACUAACGAAGAAAUAAACCAUUUAAAAUUGAAUGCAUGUUUAGAAAAAUUAAAUGAAGAAGCUGCAGCAUUAUCUGAAGUAAUUAACAAUGAACAAAAAUUACUGUGUCCAAAUGAAGAAGAUAUUUGUCAUAAAACAUUUUUUGAUAAAAAACUUGAUUAUUAUAAAAAAGAACUUGAAAAGCAAAAGUCUGAUUAUAAAAAAAUAUUUAUGGAAAAAUCUAUACUUCAGCAAGAAAAUUCUUCAUUGAAGGACCAACUAGAAAAACAAAUAUCCUCUGCUAAUCCUAAAAUACAAUACAAUGAUAUUGAAAAUGAACAUUUAUUAAUAUUGCUACAAAAAGCGCAAGAAGUCAUAAAAAGUUUUAAUGAGUGGCCUAGUUUACAAAAUAUAUUUUAUGAGUUUUCUACUGAAUGUAACAAAAUUAUUGACAUCAUCAAAAAUGAAAAAGAUGAUCUUGCUCAACAAUUGCUUGUAGCAGAUAGACGACUUAUGUCGUCUCAACAAUUUAUAAAAGACCAAACUGCUGAACGUGAGGCUGAAAGAGAAGAAUUCGAUUCUAAGUUAGAAUUAUUAAAAUGCCAAUUAAAAGAAAAAGAAAGGGAAUCAUUAAAUACUGAGGAUCUUAGAACACAUACUGAAAAAGUUGUCACUGAGGCUGAAGAAAAAUAUUUAAUGUUGGAAAAUAGACGACUAAAAACUGAAGAACUAUUGACUGCAUCUAAACUAGAAAUUAAAUCAUUAAAAGAGAUUGUUGGAAACUUGGAAGACCGAAUUGAAUCUUUGAAAAAAAAUGAAGAGUCUCAAAAAAACUUAAUCAAUCGAUUGACAAAUAUGUUAGAAGAAGAACAAAAUCAUGAACAAGAAAUAAUGGCUGAACUUAACCGUGUGAAAAAUCUGUCGGAAGAACAAAGUUGUAGUGAUUGUCCUGAAUUUGCUGAUAUUGAAAUUGUUAUUAACAAAAUUAGAUUGCAACUGAAAGAUGUAGAAAAAACUAUUUCGAAGCGCAUUAAAGAUCUUGAUACUUUUUGGGUUUCUGAAGAAUGUUGCUCACCUAUGUCUGAAGAUAUAUCUGUUGCGGAACGAUGUGAGUUACCCAAUAAAAUAAUCAUUGAAAAGAAUAGUUCUCCUGCUCGAAUAGUUGCAACAUUAGAUGAUGUAUUUAUUAGAUUACAAGAGCGUUUAAAUAGACUUUUCAAAUCGGAAGAUGCUAUUUUUAAGCAUGAAUCGGAUCAACAAAUGACAGUUAAUAAACUAAAUAAACUUAUCAAGAAAUUGGAAUCAGAAAUUGAAAUGUUGAGAUCAAGAUUGACUGAAAAGAGUGAUCAUUUAACUACUGCUAAAAUGAAAAUUGAUGAAUUAAGAGUAUUAAAAAAUGAUAAUGUUAAUUUGGCUACCUCUCAACUACAAGAAAAACUUCAAAAAAUAACAACAGAACACAAACAAUGUUUUCAAAUCAUUGAUGAACAAAAUCAAGAAAUAAAAAAUCUGAAAGAUUCAACAGAAUAUCUAAAGAAUUUAUUAAAUUUGUAUGAAUCAAAACUUGCUGAAAAAGAAAAUAUUGAUCCUAAUAAGGUUAAUAAUCUUGAGUCUAAAGUUGUACAAAUUGCUGAAGAGAACAUAAAUUUACAA